AUGGCUUCUGGUGACAAACAAUCUGAUCAACAGAAAAAGACCAAAAAACAUUCUGAUAAGCAAUCAACUGAGAGCAGUAAGGAAGCAAUGGCAACUUUUAUGACAAAGGUAUGUGCCCGUCUUGAAAAAAUACAUCUAAUGUCACGCUUAUUGGAAGAACCAGAAGAGAAGAAAUCACAGAAAAGUAUGGAAACAAAGUCAAAGAAGACAAAAAAAUCUCAAGAAAUUUCAAAGAAUGUUUAUGAAUUUUUUUGUGAUCAACCAUCAACAAGUGAACAAUCAGAUCCAAAAUUAGCAUCAAAAAAGAAAUCAUCUGAUUCUCAUAAACCAUCAACUAGCAAUAUAACAACAAGUGAUCAGAAGGAAUUAAAUAAGGAUGCUGGAGUUAGUUCUACAAUUUCAACCACUGAAUUAUCAACAUCAACACAUUCAUCAACAUUUGAUGAAAAUGAAAAUCCCAAUGAACCAUCAACAUCAACCGGAUUACGGAAGAGUAAAAUUGAUGAUGAAGAACAUAUAAAACCAAUGAAAUCAACAAAUUCUAAGCAGGAACAAAUUGAUACCGAAAUGUCAUAUAAGCCAAAAUUAUCCAGUUUAUAUGGUAUUCACAAGAAAACUCAUCUAGGAACGCCUUCUGAUAUCACUGAUAAUACUCAAUCAAUAACACACAAAAGCGAACAUUCAAAGCAAACGGUAAUAACUUCUAUUUUUCUAAUUGUUAACUUUAAAUUUAAUGAUCCAUAA